AUGAGCUCUAGGCAGAUCUACAAAGUGACCAGAGCUUUUGGCAGAAGCAGCAGCAGGAUGCGUGAGCAGGGCCUCAGAUGGAGCCCUCUCACAGGCCCCCAGUGGCAGCAGGCCACACCUCCCUCUGGCCUCCAAGCCAACCCCCACAAUCAGUCCCUGCCACCUGUAGAUCAUGCAAGAGGCACCACAUCGCACUUAGCCCCAGCUGCCUUUAACCCACACAAGAGAUUCCUGGCCACCAGUAGCCUGCACAAGAAGCACCUGAUCUCCCUUAGCCAGAUCAAGUGGCUUCUCACCACUGGUAGCUUGCACCAGAGGUAUCCCCUACGAGCCCGCCCCCUGCGAGCGCGAGGGCAUGCGCAUGCUCCAUGCAGAGAUUCCUCGGUAGGUCCACCCCUCUUCCUCCCACCCUCCCCAACAAUGGCGCCUGGCUUCUCCUGCGGGCCCAGACCUUCUCCCGGGUUCCCUUCGCCCACUCCCCAGCCUGGAGCACACCGCUCCCCCACCCAAGGUACAGCACUCCUUAGCCUCUCAGGCACAGCCAGCCCCAGUCCUCUCCUUGGGACUGACCCCUGGAGCCAGUCUCAGUGCCCAGCCUCUGCCCGUGCGCCUCAGGCUGUGGUGUCUGAUGCGGUGUUGCAGAGCAUCUCUGCGGCUGGCACUCUCUGCUUUGCCCUCCUCAGUCCAGCUGCUGGGCUUUUCUUGGCGACUUUGAGGUACUGGGGAUACAAAAACUGAAUAAGAAGACAAAAAUCUCUGCACACAUGAAGCAUAUGAUGAUGAAGAAGACAAUAAACAAGUAUAGAUAUGUUGAUGCCAUAAAUGAUUACCAGAAGGCCAGUGGAAUGAAACCCCCCCUGUGCCCUCGGUUCUAAAAAGGGACAAACUAAAAGAUGGAUUGUCUGAGAGAGAUUCCUCCUGGGAGUGGAGCAAAAUCAAAGAAGAAGAGAAAAGAAAGAAAGAAAGAAAGAAAGAAAGAAAGAAAGAAAGAAAGAAAGAAAGAAAGAAAGAAGAACAAACAAAUAAAUCAGAGUUCUCUUCUGCUAUGACUUUUCAUGCCUUUGAGCAAGAUCCUCCCUAUAAUAGAUUGCUUUCUUUAGCCCACCCUUCUACCAAACAUAGGAGGGCCUUACCUCCAGUCUGAAAGCACAUAGCUUCUCUAAUACCCAGCAGAAUGAAAUUCUCUGUACUCUUGGCAAUCAAGUUUUCUUCUAGGCAGUUUGAUGCACUGUCAUUUUUUUUCUGUAUGAGCAGCUCCUUUGAUGAGACUCAAGUUCAUUUUAGGAAGAAAAUACCCUGUGUGCCUUCUAUAACAAAUAAACCAUUUUCCCUUACCUGUUUUUUUUUAAAGUAAAGAAUUUUGUGAAUGAUCCUACUUUCAAGAUGGAAUUUGCUGGAAGCAAUUGUGUAAAUUGUAUAAAUUCCAAUCAUAUUUCCUUAUGAUUGUUCCCUCCAACUCUUAUUUUUCUUGUGUAUUCUGGUGUUCUUACUUGUCUUCUUUGGCUUCUCUCUCUUGCUCUCACUGUCCUCUGUCUCUGCUUCUUUCCCUCUGCCCCCCCAUUCUCUCCCUCUCUCUUACUUCUACUUUCUGAUUCUCACUCUUUUCUACCAACAUAUUUCUCUUUGUGUUAGUCUUAUGUAUGAUAUAUACUUCCACUUAAUAAAUGAGAUUUUUA